UCUCCGCUUCGAUUCUCUCGCUCCCGACUGUUUCUCCUCCCAUCUCCCCACGAACGGAUUCCACGCUUUAGCUCCCCGUUUUAUCUCCGUAAUCUUCCCCAAUUCGUAACUGAGGCAAAAAUCAAGGUAGUAGAUAUUAGAUCUACAGCUUUGUCACAAAGGAAUCACAGUUUCCGUAGCCUUCCUCUCUGGUUGUUGACAGACCACUGAGACUACUCUGCAAGACUACAAUGGCAGAGGUCAGCCCUAGAACAGACACAUCAACAGAUGACACUGAUGAAAAUCAUACGCUUGAACCAGGGCAAGUUGCUCUUGUUGUUUCUGACUCUAGUGACAGAUCCAGGGACAAAAAUGGAGAUCAAAAGACAAUGCGUCGACUUGCUCAAAAUCGUGAGGCUGCAAGGAAAAGUCGUCUGAGGAAAAAGGCAUAUGUUCAGCAAUUGGAGAAUAGCAGGCUAAAGCUCACCCAGCUAGAGCAGGAGUUGCAGCGAGCUCGUCAACAGGGCAUUUUUAUAUCUAGCUCAGCGGAUCAGUCCCAUUCCACGAGUGGAAAUGGGGCAAUUGCUUUUGACAUGGAGUAUUCCCGGUGGUUAGAAGAACACAAUCGACAAGUUAAUGAGCUUAGGGCUGCAGUUAAUGCUCAUGCAAGCGAUAAUGAUCUCCAUAGUGUUGUUGAGAAGAUCAUGUCACACUACGAAGAGAUAUAUAAGCAAAAAGGAAAUGCGGCCAAGGCAGAUGUCUUUCAUGUGUUAUCAGGCAUGUGGAAGACACCAGCAGAAAGGUGUUUCUUGUGGCUAGGAGGUUUUCGACCCUCUGAGGUCUUAAAGCUUCUUUCAACACAGCUUGAGCCUCUCACUGAGCAGCAGCUGUCAGGGAUAUGCAACCUUCAGCAUUCGUCACAGCAAGCUGAGGAUGCUCUUUCACAAGGAAUGGAGGCCCUUCAGCAGUCCUUGGCAGAAACCUUGGCUGGGUCUAUUGGCACUUCUGGAUCAACAGGGAAUGUGGCAAACUACAUGGGUCAAAUGGCCAUGGCCAUGGGGAAGCUUGGAACCCUCGAGAAUUUCCUUCGCCAGGCCGACAACCUGCGGCAGCAGACUCUUCAACAGAUGCAAAGGAUCCUGACAACUAGGCAGUCUGCCCGUGCACUUCUUGUGAUAAGUGAUUACUCGUCACGGCUUCGUGCCCUUAGUUCUCUCUGGCUUGCUCGGCCGAAGGAAUAGCAAGCAUAGCAAGCACGUGCGAUGUGAUUUGGCCGCAAUACAUUUUCUCAGUUUUGGGAGUUGGUGAUGAUGAUGACAGUCAUGCAACAGACUUGAUUCAGAGAAAUUUGCACAUACUAUAAGAGAUCCAAGAAGAUGCUGUGUUCAGGUAGCUUAGCCAUAUAUAGUUGAAGUUAAGUGCAUUAGGCCCUGGUCCAUGUCGUGCUGUAAAAUUGUUGUUCCAUUAUUACCUAGCAUCUGUAAGAUCCUAAUUUGCAGAGUCAUUAGAUUGUGCAUCUAGAAACGCUUCGGUCCCUAAUCGGUUUUGUUGACUGCUGAGUACAUUUGACAUCCUGUUGUACAUUGCCAUGGUAACAAUCUAGACAAGUGUAUAUUACCAUUUUACUCCCUUGAA